AUGAAGGAUCUUAUAGAGCCCGAAAAAAGAUGGCUCAUCAUGACAUAUGGCUAUUUUUUGUCAACCAUGCAGAAUGACUGUUUCAACUACGCUAGGGGAUGGGCUAUGGAUUUUGUGGGAAAAAUCGCACCUAGUUCCAGUAAUGAGUACACUUUCAUCAUAGUUGUCAUUGAUUAUUUCACCAAAUGGGUGGAGGCUAAGGAAUUAAAAUCCAUUUCUUCCGCUGCAGUGAUCACUUUCAUCAAGCAGCAGAUUGUUCACAGGUUCGGAAUUCCAAAAAAAAUCACAAAAAACAGAGGUACCUCCUUCAUUCCGAAGGAAAUCCAGAAUUUCACCGAAGAAUACAACAUCAAGUUCGUGCAAUCCAGCCCUUAUUUUCCACGAGCAAAUGGUGAAGUUGAAUCUACUAACAAGGUUUUGAUCAACAUCAUCAAGAGACGACAAUCCUAG